AGCGAGGAGGUGAGACCCAGUGGAACGCAAUGCGAAAAUCCUUCACCAUGGUUACAGAAGGACCAAUGGGAGUUCAGAAUGGCCGUUCCUUGUGCCAUCCAAUCAGGUGAAGCCGAGAGCCGGAUGUGAGGUCAGGGGCAGGACGGGAAGCUCCGUGUGAAAGAGCCAUGGAGACGGCGGGAGAAAGAGAGAGAGUGAGAAUGGACGGAUUUUAAAUAAACCUGCGGGAUGUGGGCGCCAUGUGGGAGGGGGAGGGCAGAGAGCCAGCCAGGCAGACUGGGAGCAAUGGCAAACAGCUGGCUCUCUGGGAGCUUGGCUGAGCAUGGUGGGAGUGAACCUGAGGGACCAGAGCUCUCAUAAUAACAAGGCAGCCUGAAAGGGGAAACCACCAGGGAGCAAUGGGAAACAGCUGGCUCUCUGGGAGCUUGGCUGAGCAUGGUGGGAGUGAACCUGAGGGACCAGAGCUCUCAUAAUAACAAGGCAGCCUGAAAGGGGAAACCACCAGGGAGCAAUGGGAAACAGCUGGCUCUCUGGGAGCUUGGCUGAGCAUGGUGGGAGUGAACCUGAGGGACCAGAGCUCUCAUAACAACAAGGCAGCCUGAAAGGGGAAACCACCAGGGAGCAAUGGGAAACAGCUGGCUCUCUGGGAGCUUGGCUGAGCAUGGUGGGAGUGAACCUGAGGGACCAGAGCUCUCAUAACAACAAGGCAGCCUGAAAGGGGAAACCACCAGGGAGCAAUGGGAAACAGCUGGCUCUCUGGGAGCUUGGCUGAGCAUGGUGGGAGUGAACCUGAGGGACCAGAGCUCUCAUAAUAACAAGGCUGCCUGAAAGGGAAAACCACCAGGGAGCAAUGGGAAACAACUGGCUCUCUGGGAGCUUGGCUGAGCAUGGUGGGAGUGAACCUGAGGGACCAGAGCUCUCAUAAUAACAAGGCUGCCUGAAAGGGGAAACCACCAGGGAGCAAUGGGAAACAGCUGGCUCUCUGGGAGAUUGGCUGAGCAUGGUGGGAGUGAACCGGAGGGACCAGAGCUCUCAUAACAACAAGGCAGCCUGAAAGGGGAAACCACCAGGGAGCAAUGGGAAACAGCUGGCUCUCUGGGAGCUUGGCUGAGCAUGGUGGGAGUGAACCGGAGGGACCAGAGCUCUCAUAACAACAAGGCAGCCUGAAAGGGGAAACCACCAGGGAGCAAUGGGAAACAGCUGGCUCUCUGGGAGAUUGGCUGAGCAUGGUGGGAGUGAACCUGAGGGACCAGAGCUCUCAUAAUAACAAGGCAGCCUGAAAGGGGAAACCACCAGGGAGCAAUGGGAAACAGCUGGCUCUCUGGGAGAUUGGCUGAGCAUGGUGGGAGUGAACCUGAGGGACCAGAGAUCUCAUAAUAACAAGGCAGCCUGAAAGGGGAAACCACCAGGGAGCAAUGGGAAAGAGCUGGCUCUCUGGGAGCUUGGCUGAGCAUGGUGGGAGUGAACCUGAGGGACCAGAGAUCUCAUAAUAACAAGGCAGCCUGAAAGGGGAAACCACCAGGGAGCAAUGGGAAACAGCUGGCUCUCUGGGAGAUUGGCUGAGCAUGGUGCGAGUGAUCCUGAGGGACCAGAGAUCUCAUAACAAGGCAGCCUGAAAGGGGAAACCACCAGGGAGCAAUGGGAAACAGCUGGCUCUCUGGGAGCUUGGCUGAGCAUGGUGGGAGUGAACCUGAGGGACCAGAGAUCUCAUAAUAACAAGGUAGCCUGAAAGGGGAAACCACCAGGGAGCAAUUGGAAACAGCUGGCUCUCUGGGAGAUUGGCUGAGCAUGGUGGGGGUGAUCCUGAGGGACCAGAGAUCUCAUAAUAACAAGGUAGCCUGAAAGGGGAAACCACCAGGGAGCAAUGGGAAACAGCUGGCUCUCUGGGAGCUUGGCUGAGCAUGGUGGGAGUGAACCUGAGGGACCAGAGCUCUCAUAAUAACAAGGCAGCCUGAAAAGGAAAACCUCCAGGGAGCAAUGGCAAGGGAAGAGAAAGGCCAUCAUGGACAUCACACAUGGCAUAUGAAGUAGGAGAUUAGAAAAUGCUGGCUGAGGGUCAGUGCAGGGAAGAGGUGGGUUAGAGAGGGUGUUAUUGGAGGAGGCAGAGGUGAACAGGAAAGACAUGGCCAAAGGACAAGAAAAUAAGAAAUGAGCAAAGGAGGGGUUAAGGGAAGUUGGGGGUAACAGACUAACAGGAUGGGGAUAAGGCACAUGCAAGGGGGAGACGGGACAUGCAAGAUACAGAAAAUAGAAGAGAGCAGAUUUACAAAUAUAAAUGUAAGGGAACAAGCUGAUGUGAUGUAAGAUGCAGGAAAGGUGACAUAAGAGAUGAAUGAUAACUAAAGAAGUGCAGUGAAGAUGCUGGUGAGGUACAAGAAUGGGGAGAGGGUGAUAGGAGUGGAAUUCCAAGGUAUGGGGAUAUAUAGAAAAAAAGAGAGGAGAUGGAAGAGAGGUGGCGAGGCAGUAGUUGGAUAUGUUGAUUUAGGGGAUAUGGUGUGGUAUGUUCAGUUUCCGGGAGAGAGAAUCAAAUAUCACAGCUAUGAAGAAAGACCAAAGCAACGGUGCAUUCAGUUACGCCUGGCACCAUCCAGAAUUAAACAUGAGACAUUAAUAUACACUUAAAGUAACUCACUAUUGUCCCCUCGUUUUCUAUUCAUGUACAGGUGGUGUCUGUGAGAGAGGCUGAAAAUGACCCUCCUCUUGAGAGAGAAAUCCUUGGAGUGUCUCCUAGCUCAAACCGAGGUAUGGCUGCAUAUUUCUGUAUAUGUGUAUGUAAACUCAUUUAAGAGGCACUGACACUCCUGCCAUUGAAUAAAGUUCUGAAAACCACUUAUAACGGGAUUCAUGAAACGGUUCAUUUUCUUUUAAACUUACAAUAAAUAUUUAGCUAAUGACAGCAGUCCAGGUCAGAAAAAGGCAAAGCAAGGGAAAACAUUGUGAAUGGAGAGGAAAAAUAGAAACCAUUUUAUUUCUCCUCUUUUCGGUACGCUAUCUCUUUGCUGACUUCCAGGGCAGGGCUUAUAGUAAUAACUGACAGAGGGCUUAGAUAGAGGCGCCCAGUUACAAAAUAAAUAGGUGGAUUUCUAGAUUUAAUUUUAGUUUUCACAACUGACAAAAUACAUAUUUAAUAAAUACAUGGCUAAGUAAACAUCGUAUUAAAAUUCAUGGAAGGUGACAGUUCCCCUUUAAAUCUUCUAGGGCUUUAUGUAUGUCACAACUAUACAAAUACAACAGUCUUAAACAGCUGCAUAAAACUUGUAUAUUACAUGCAUAUAUAAUUAUGAUGAUAACAAAGUAUUUAUAUACCAACAAUGACUACAAAAGAAAAUAAACUAUGAAGAAUUUACUAAUAUACUAAGCAGGCAGAAAUUAUUUCAGCACAAUCUAUAGUUGUUUUAUUUAGCUAUUACAGUGUGUUAAUUGAUCUUCCUCUUGAAAAAGUUGAUUUGUUUUGGAUGCGUAAUAACCAGCAAUUUACUGUCUUCCAAUGAAUGUAAUUUAUACAUUAACUUUUUUAAUGUAUCCUUUUGUAUGGAACGCACCAGAGUUGAAAUCUAGUAAAACGUCAAUAUUUCUUAGCCACUUUUGAGAGCUGUCCUAUUUAGUGGGGCCAUCUACCCACCUUAGGGCAGGGUUACUUACUACAUUGAAAUGUUUUUAGAAGUGAAUUUAAAAUUUUGAGCCAAAAUAGCCACAUUUAAAACACAACUGACAUUUUGAUUUUUCUUGGAAUUCCUUUGUCCUAAAAUUUGAAAUUCACUUUAGAAACUAGACAUUUCACAUUUUAGUGAAUACUAAAGGAAUUAAUUAUGUGUUCAUGCAGGAAUUCCAUCAACAUUCCUUUACUCUCUACUUAGUUCUCAUCCUGAACCCACGCUGACGUUUACUACACCGUGAUAAACUGGGCUGGAUAUUUACUUCUCUAAUACUUACUGGUGCUGCAGUUUGUCUUGGAUUUACAGCACACUCGGAGGUUGUGUUAUCGGUCACAUGUCAAUCUUGCAGUUAUACAUUUAAGCGUCUCAAAACACACAAGUGUAUUUACUUGUUGUAGUAAUGUGUUACUAUUUAUUUAUAUACAUGUAAAUUAUUUUAAUGUGGAUGUUAGCCUUGAUUAAAGUCCUUUUGGGAACAAUGUUCUAUUUGCUUCACAGCUGAUCCUGAGGGUGAAGUGGUACAGAGUAACAAAGAAGUAGCAUCCCUAAAUGUGACUCCUAUGCAGGAGGAGGAAAAAAGCGAAACCGAGAAGGAGAUUCUCACAUUUUCUCCCGUGUCCAGAGGAUUAUCUGGUAAGAGCUCAUGAUGUUUAAACUGGGACAGACUGAAAGUGAUUGACACUCUGUUUUAUUUAUACAACGUGAUAAGUGUGGAAGGCGAUUCCUAGUGUUAUAUCUGUAAGAUGUGUCCUUGCCAUGUAACAAGCAUUUAAAGCAGGUGGGUGUAGCUUCUAGUUGUCUUGGGAGGAAACUAGUCAUGCUCCCAAUUGCAGCAUCAAUUUUUAUUAGCAUAAUGUCUCAUUAAGUAGUUUAGUGAAUCUGUGCUUUUGUGGUCUGAAAGGUUUGGCUUUUCAGUAGUAACUAUUCAUGAAGGAUGCCCACUUUCAGAAAAAUCAUUUAGGAUAAUGAGCUACUGAGAUAUUCUAUAUUCUCUUCUAAACUGUGUUGUGGUGAUGUGUACAACUGUUUGAUAUUUAUUACAUUAAUUUCCCCCAGGCCAUGCCUCCAAAUCUCUCCCUACACCACCCUCCUCUUCCUCGUCUCCAGUCACCAGCAGAGCCAAGAUGUCUCUAACUGGGGCAGGGAAGCUGCCACAUGCAGCCCAAAGCUUGGCUAUGAGAUUGCUGAGUAUAACCAGGGAAGGAACAGACAAAGUGCACCGUGCCAGGAAGACCAUUCCCCGGGCCGGCAAUGUAUGUAUAAAGUAGUAUUGAAUCUGAACUUGGUUAUAGCAUAUUUGAUUCUAAUGAUACAAGUUUAAAGACGAUCUCCAUUGUCAGUUUUGCUGAUCAUCUUUUUAUUUUUUAAUUUAUACAGCUAAUGUAAUAACUAAAAUUAUUUAUAUAUAAAAAUAAAAAAAAACACAUGGUCUGCCCUGCAUUUGGGCUUCAGUGAUGUCCUGUUUCAAGCAGAAAGCAUCAGAUAUAUCUUGACCAAUCCCUGGUUUAUUAGGAGACCCACCAUAGCUUGAAAUAAAAAAAAGUUUAAUAGGUAAAGCUUCAGGAAUUAAUUUCUAAAGCAGACUAUAGUUUAUAGACUUGUAAAUUUAGCAUCUGGAACUUUUAACAGUUUGAAUGUAUUUUAUUUAAUCCCACUGAUGUUCCCAUAUUCAGAUAUUUUGGCUGCUGUAUGUAGCCAAAUAUCUCCCAACCUGGAAAAGUGAAGUUAGGUUACCAGGGGAGGCGAGGGAUAUGACAUUCUAAUUUAUGUUUCCCUUUAAGUCCUUUUUACUGCUAGCUUUGCCUGUUCAGAAAACACUUUGAGUCAAUCUCAUUUAAUUUUACACUCAGGUGUUGUUUUUUCCCCUGUUAUGAUGACAAUGAAGGGACCCAACUUUCUCCACAUUUUUGUGUACAAAAGCUCUUCUAACCUUGUGCAUAUUGUGUAACACAUACAAUGUGUAAUCUUUUUAUCUUGUUCUUUCGUGCACUUCACAUCUAAUAAUAUCGCAUGUCACUAAUCCUAGGCAACAGGGGACAUUCCGCUCUUUCCAGAUGGAGAAAGACCAGGUGCCAGAAGAGAGUCUGAGAUGGAGAAACGAGACAGCCCAGGUGCGGAGUGCUGGCCUUGGGCAUGGAGAGUUUUGUAGGAGGGCAGGCUGACCUAAAGGGGAAUGAGCGGAACAUGUUUCUAAAACUCCUAUAUUGUUAGACAUUUAUUUUUUAAUCUCUUCUUACUUUUCUUCACUUAUUCCUUUAGACUCCACACAAAAGAGACCUAGCUCCUCCCUGGGAACAGAAACGUCCGCAAACCGAUCCAGUGAAAUUGAGGUGAGAUUAGAUUCCCAACAAUCUAUGGGAAUAAGAUUGCUUAUGAUGUCAUGCAUGAACAACCCACCUUCUCUAUCUGAAUUUAAUAAGUAGUUUUUUUGUUUGUUAGUAUUUUUUUGAGGGGGAGAGGGGAAGAGGAAGGUUAUUUAACUGUGCAUCAGGACUUGGGAUAGUGCACAGGUAAAAAAAAAAAAAUUAUGUAUUUUAAUUGAUGUGUACUAUAGCCAUUGCUGCCGUCAAGGAGUAGUGUGGAGUUUGAGAGCAGGAUUUAAUUUUGUGUGUUGUGUGAAUUUUAAAUGUCUAUAACUAGAAAAAUAAGUUGGAAAUCAAACACUAUUAUACAGUAGGUUCUGAAGUUUAAUCAAGAAAAGUGGGUGCAAUGCUUCUACCCUUGAGGACAAUAUCUAGCGCAGUGAUCCUGAACCUAUGGCCUCUCUGUGGGCACGCGGCCAUAGGUCGCCUGGCGGGGUGGGGAGAAUGCUUUUGUAUUUUCACCAUAGGUAAGAAGAAGGGGGGGGGGUGGGACAAAUAUUUUAUGUAUAGGUCAGGAUUAUUAAAAAAACAAAAAUACAUUUGCUACCUGCAGCACCCCUACCCCACCCCCACAUACACACACUACUCCACCCCCUCAAACACACACAGCACUCCAUCCCCCCCACACGUGCACACACACAGCUCUCCACCCCCACACGCGCACACACACAGCACUCCAUUCCCCCCCCACACACGCGCGCACACACACAGCACUCCAUCCCCCCACACACACACACAGCCCCCCCAUGUAUAUACAUAUUCAGCAGUCUGUGUGUAUGUUUGUGUGCGUGUAUUCAGCAAACUGUGUGCGCGUAUUAAGCGGACUGUGUGUGUAUGUAUUGCAUUUGGUGGAGAUACUAAUCAAUAUAAACUUAAUUUUAUCUAUUUUCUAUAUCAUUAUUUAAAACUCUGUUGUGUUCUUUUAAAACAAAAGUUGUUGGUUAGUUUGAAAAGCUGUAUGAGUUGUUUUUUCUAAACUUAAAUCUCAGUAUUCGGGUUUAAUUGCCGUGUUGGCACUUUGAGGGAAAAUAAGUUGGCAUGUAUUGCGGUUUGGGCACUCUGACUCAAUUAAGGAUAAAAAUAGGAAAAAUCAGCGCUUAACUGCCACAGAAUGGGUAAGAAGGCAGCACACCUCAAAGGGGAAUCCCCUAUGAUUCCCUAAAUAUAGAAAACAAUAGACAAAAAGAAAGGUAAGGGUGCGCCUAAAUGAAUAAAUAUAACGGAUAUAUAAAAUAUAGGAUAAGAUAAAUGAGAUAAAAGUCCAGAACAUUUAUCAAAUGUCCGUUAUAGUAGUUUCUCCUUGUAGAGACAACAGAUCUUGGGACGUCAGACGGGGUUGAGACUUCACGGUGAUGUGCUUGAAUCCGGUGAGGUACGUAUAUAAAAGGAAAACAGAAAAAAGGAAAACUCCAAUGGUACAGUAUAUCAAUCACAGUGUAAAUAUUGGAAUAGUGCAAAUAGUCCUACUCACACUUUUUUGGAGCUAAAAUUUAUCAUGGAUAUGUAGAGUAGUGCUUUGAUUGGAGAGUUCUUGGUCCGUGUUCGGUGUUCCAAUCAGUUAACCCAAAAUUGAGAGAAUAAAAGAAUAGUGCUCUCUGUUUGUAAUAUGAAAUGGUGAUAUAUAGAAAAUUACUUACACAGUAUGGGGCAGAUUUGUACUGCUCAGUAUAGGCGCUUAGGUGGUAUAAUCCCCACCUCUGGAUUCUUUCAAUUCUUUGUAGAUGUAGGUCAGGUGCAGGUAUUGAUAAGAUAAAAUAAAUUAAAUAUAAAGAAAAUGGCAAUAAAAUAUUUUAUGCCAAAUAAAAUUCUUUAUUAGAAAUAAAUAAAAUAAAUACUAAUAAUAUCUAGACGCGUUUCGCCUCAAAAGGCUUCUUCAAGUAGAUAAUUAUAAAGGAAGGCACACCUGACAUACAAGGGUUUAUAUAACAUACAGUACCAUGGAGUGAUUAUAAAGGAAGGCACACCUGACAUACAAGGGUUUAUAUAACAUACAGUAGAAGUACUGUAUGUUAUAUAAACCCUUGUAUGUCAGGUGUGCCUUCCUUUAUAAUUAUCUACUUGAAGAAGCCUUUUGAGGCGAAACGCGUCUAGAUAUUAUUAGUAUUUUAUUUAUUUCUAAUAAAGAAUUUUAUUUGGCAUAAAAUAUUUUAUUGCCAUUUUCUUUAUAUUUAAUUUAUUUUAUUUUAUCAAUACCUGCACCUGACCUACAUCAACAAAGAAUUGAAAGAAUCCAGAGGUGGGGAUUAUACCACCUAAGCGCCUAUACUGAGCAGUACAAAUCUGCCCCAUACUGUGUAAGUAAUUUUCUAUAUAUCACCAUUUUAUAUUACAAACAGAGAGCACUAUUCUUUUAUUCUCUCAAUUUUGGGUUAACUGAUUGGAACACCGAACACGGACCAAGAACUCUCCAAUCAAAGCACUACUCUACAUAUCCAUGAUAAAUUUUAGCUCCAAAAAAGUGUGAGUAGGACUAUUUGCACUAUUCCAAUAUUUACACUGUGAUUGAUAUACUGUACCAUUGGAGUUUUCCUUUUUUCUGUUUUCCUUUUAUAUACGUACCUCACUGGAUUCAAGCACAUCACCGUGAAGUCUCAACCCCGUCUGACGUCCCAAGAUCUGUUGUCUCUACAAGGAGAAACUACUAUAACGGACAUUUGAUAAGUGUUCUGGACUUUUAUCUCAUUUAUCUUAUCCUAUAUUUUAUAUAUCCGUUAUAUUUAUUCAUUUAGGCGCACCCUUUCCUUUUUGUCUACUGACUCAAUUAAGGUUCGCCAUCACUGAUCUAGCAUAUGGGCCUUCCAUUGGAAACCGUUGUUUACAUAAAUUAUACUUCCGGUUUAUCGCGCACAGGGUACAUCUAUACCAACAUCACCUGCUCCUGGUUCAUCUCGCGACCCUGGCGGAGCAGAAACUGAAGACUGGGAGCCGGAGGUGGGGAAUGAGUUCAGCCUUUACUAUGAUAGCAUAUCACUUGAGGAUCAAGGGGACAGUGACAGUAAGGUGAGUGUAACAUUACCAUGGAGUGAUGACAAGGGGACAGUGACACCACUAAAACACAGGAAACCUUAUUGAAUUUUGUUGACUGCAGGAGGAGGAGGAAGAGGAAGAAGAAGAAGGUUCUGGGAAUCAGUCAGAAAGGGUAAGUGUGAUCUGAUUUUUGUCCUACACUCAGUGACAUAUCUUUCACUGUGUGAUGGCAUGUGGUAGGCCACAAUACACUCUAAUGGACUGUAAUGUAACCAAUAUUGUGACAUAGACUGCUGAUGGUGAUUCUCCUCCUUCUGUUCAGAGCUCCAGCAGUUUGAAGAAGAAGAGUAAAAAGAAAUGGAAGAUGGAUAAGGCUUGGCUGAAACCUACAAGAAAAAGGAAACGGAGGGAGAGAGAAAAACCUGGGUCAGGUAUGAUUGGAAAGAUGACAUCUCUGGGGCUGGAGGGGAGGGGAAGAGGUAUGUGCAGGCAGCAGGCACACAUAAUUAAAUGAAAUGCAUGCUGGGUGUUUCUCUGGUGGUCCUAGCCUGUUCCCUGCUCUUGUAGCUGUCAAUUCUGCGGGGGGAACACACAAUGAGUACACGGAGGUGCCUCUGGGAGCCCUGGAUCUUCCAAGCGAAGGGGCGAUGUCUCCCAAUCAUGCAGGUAAAUGCCUUUUUUCACUUCUUAUUCCUGGUAUUUGCCUAACUUUAAAACAAAAUCCUGCCAUCCUCGCUUCCCUCACACCUCUCAGUAUGAUGGUGCUGCCAUUUUCCCUUUUUUUUUUUUAUUACAAAUUGAGCACUUUAAUUGCUAACAAUGGGGCUGCCACGUUCCCAUUUCCCUCAACAUAGUGCCUUUUGAUUGUCAUCCAUUGAUGUCUUCUCUAGGAGUAUGCAACGAAUCCAGCUCUAUGGACACAGAAAGGUUUGAGGAGCUUCCUCUCUGCAGCUGCCGCAUGGAAGCUCCCAGUGUGGAGAGAGUCUGUGAGCAAGCUAAUAAUGUCUGUAUGGCCACAGAGAGUGUGGAUGGAGAGGUGAGUAGCAGGGGUAAGCCUGUAAACUGACUUGUGACAUGAGUCUGUGAUCGGGAAUGGGUAAAAACCUGUAAUAUUGACUCUUGUUUUCUGUAGUGGAAGCUAACUUGCUCUACCAACACUACAUUUUAAAGCUGCUACUUAUACUUUUACAUUUUUCUCAAUCUCUCACAACAAAUGUUGGAAAAAAUAAACUGAAAACGGUAUACAUACACAUUUUAUUACAGGUCCAUGUUCUUCUUCUAAAGAAACAAUAAAAGUAACCGUGCAGACUGAUUACAAUUAAAUGGUGUCAAAAUGUAAUUUGUACCCGGUCUGCACUCCCAUUAUUCUGAGCUUUAGUCAUAGCUCUGAGAUUUUGAAGCUCUGGCGUCUUUUGUUGGGGUUUUAUCUACCCAUUUCCUAUCAUUGUAUAUCACUAGGCUCUUGGAACCCAGGUCUCAGAAAGUCUCUCUAGUGAUGGAAUCUUGGAAUACGGUUUAAUACAGGGGGGGAAAAACACUUUGCAAAAUAAUGAUGAGAAAAGAGCAUUCACUCCAUAUGUCUUUCAAGGACUGUUGUGAAAAUGCACAUGCAAGAGAAGCCAGCAUUAAGAAUCUCUGAGUAGGACCGUCUUCGAAGUGGCUUGCAGUGUCUUUGAAGUGAAGCUUUUUGUUGACGAUUAUAUCUUUAUGCUGUAUUUUAAACGCACCUUAAUUUUUUCAUGUUUCUCCCUGGUGUCUUCAGCUAAGUGGAUGCAAUGCUGUAAUCACAAAACGGGAAACAAUGCGGCCUUCCAGUCGAGUUCCACUCAUGGUUCUCUGUGAGAGCCACCGCGCCCGCAUGGUCAAACAUCAUUGCUGCCCAGGCUGUGGACACUUCUGUAGCACUGUAAGUGAUAUUUUAAGCCCUUUCACUACUCUCUCCUUACGCUAGAUAUUUAUAUAUUGUAAUUACCUGCAACUCGGGGAUUAAUACACUGUUAUUGGCUGCAGGCAGCUUAGGGAAUAACACAUUACUGGCUGCAGGAAGCUCUGGGCAUGAUAUAUUGUUACUGGCUGCAGGCGGCUCGGGGAAUGAUGCAUUUUUACUGGCUUCCGGCAGCUCGGGGAAUCAUACAUUGUUACUGGCUGCAGGCAGCUCUGGGAAUGAUACAUUGUUACUGGCUGCAGGCAGCUCAAGGAAUUCUACAUUGUUACUGGCUGCAGGCAGCUCAAGGAAUUCUACAUUGUUACUGGCUGCAGGCAGCUCAAGGAAUUCUACAUUGUUACUGGCUGCUGGCAGCUCAAGGAAUUCUACAUUGUUACUGGUUGCCAGCAGCUCAAGGAAUGAUGCAUUGUUACUGGCUGCAGGCGGCUCGGGGAAUGAUGCAUUGUUACUGGCUGCAGGCGGCUCGGGGAAUGAUGCAUUGUUACUGGCUGCAGGCGGUUCGGGGAAUGAUGCAUUGUUACUGGCUGCAGGCGGCUCGGGGAAUGAUGCAUUGUUACUGGCUGCAGGCGGCUCUGGGAAAGAUACAUUGUUACUGGCUGCAGCCAGCUCUUGGAUGUUCAUUUACGCUUUCUUUUCGCAGGGAACAUUUUUGGAAUGCCACCCAGAUUUCAGGAUAAAUCAUCGUUUCCACAAGGCUUGUGUCUCACCUCUGAACGGCGUAAUAUUCUGUCCUCAUUGCGGGGAAGACGCGUCUGAAGCUGAGCAAGUCACAAUAGCAAAAGCCGAUCUCCCAAUUGCCGUUCCUGCACCGUCCCACCAUGACGGGGGCGGUCCAGGUAGGGCAGACACGACACAGCCUAGGUAAGAAAAGAAAAAAAUAUCUACGUUCGUCCUGGCACAAGGCAAGGAUAAAACCAAACUGCUCCUAACUGUCUGUUUUCUCCCUGUUGCUUCUGUUUUCAGUGCAAGAAUGUGUGGUGUUGGGGAAGGAAAGCGUAAUCUCUCUGAUGAUUCCACAGUUGGUGAUGGCUCAGAUGGUCCUUGCGUUCUUCUACCAUCAGGAGCUUCUCUUAGUACUUCUGGGUUACCACCAGGACCAGCCCGAGAUGCACUCCGAAAAGCUUUACUGUCCCAGGAGACAGACAGGUGGGGAUCUGGAAUGUAUCACCCUGCCGUCCCUUUCUAUAGGUCUCCGUUUACUAUGCUCUGGUUUUCUGUCUGUGUAACUACAUACUCAUCCUGCUUCUGCUCUGUGUCCUAGUGUUUGAACUCUUUCAACCCUUUACUUUUAUUUCUUUUAUCUAGUUUAUAUUUCCCCUGGCUUUACUUUUGUUUAAUUUCUCAAGACCCCCCUCCCUCCCAUGUUUAAUUUGAUGUAUUUUGGUCGCUGCCGCAUUCAUCCAUUUUGUGUCUUCGUCUUUUUUGGUUUGGAGGUCGUUAUUCACCCCUCCUGCUCCCUCCUUGCAUAGUUUGUCUCAGCAGAAGAGAGAUCGCAGGAAGAAGGUUCGAUACAACUCCCGUCAACUUUACCUGUCUGUGAAACAAGGAGAGCUGCAUAAAGUCUUACUCAUGCUCAGUAAGUUUCAAUUUCCUUCUUUUUACUACCAUCUUCUUUCUGCCCUUGAAUUACCAACAUUAGAAAACCUAAACUACAGUUCAUUGGUCACCACACUUUUACUCAGUGUGUUAUUCUAGGAAAAUAUUUUUCUUUUUCUUUUUUCAGUAUACUUUUAAUGUUGUAUUUUCUUCCCUUUUAUUCUCUCAGUGGAUAAUCAAGACUCUAGUUUUCUGAAUGACCAACAGUUAAAAAGGAGUCCUCUCCAUGCAGCAGCUCAAAAGGGCAGCUUAGAAAUGGUUCACGUACUGGUUCAGGUAAACGUUUUACCCUUGUUUCUUUUGCUUCCUCUUCCAUUUUUACCAUCCAUUUCUGAAGCUGCAUACUUUUCACACAGGCCGGAGCAAACUUUAAUGCCACUGACAAGGUUCUCCGUACCCCUCUGUUGGAAGCUGUGGUCAACAACCAUAUUGAAGCCGCCAGAUACUUAGUCCAGUGUGGGGCGUGUGUUUAUCAUAAGGUAAUAUAUCCGCUCCUAUCUCAUCCCAUUCUGUCCUGUACCUGGGCAUGCAAGCGUUUCUUCUCAAUGAGAUAACUAGCACUAAAAAUAAUACAUUUUGGCAUAGAGAAAAGCAUAAUCAGUUCAGCUUCCACAGGAGAUUAGGGAAACUCCUAUUAUUACUGUGAGUUUAAAUAUUGUGGUGCGUCUCCAGAAUGGGAAAACCGUAUUAUAGUAAAGCGAUAAUUACAGUUACAUUUGCCAUAACUUGGUUAGAGAGGAGAAUUUCCUUAAAGCUGUAGAUUUUAUUUGGGAUAAAUCACUUUAUAUCGAUGUAUAUUUUCACACAGUUAUAUUAGGGGUGAGCUCUGGAAGCCAAUUGUGGCUUACUGAGCAUUCUGAGAGUAGAACAAUAAGUUUAAACAGAGCCUAUAUUUCCCCAACUGAUACUUUAGGGGGGAUUGUAGUGUCCUGUAUAAAUGUUAUUAUGCUGAAAAAUGUACAACUUUAAAACUGGACAUUGCAUUUGGUAUUCUGUCCUUUUGACACAACACACUGCACAUUUGAUGCAGGACGCCAGUGAUUCCUUUGACAUCCUCGCCUUUCUGAAUCCUCGAAACAGCCAUUAGUUCCAGGAAACUGGGUAGAUGUUCCAAAACUGAAAAAAAAACUGUAUCUCCCUUUUGCGAUCUUUUAAAAAGAUUCCUGGUCUGUACAUCAAUAGUUUUCAAAUGCAUUUAUUUAUUUAAUCAUUAUAGUGGAAAACGUAAUAAUGAGCACCAGUUUAUUUUUCCAGGUUUUCCCUAGAUAGUGUUUUAGCAUUUAUUUAAAAUGAAAGGGAAAAAAGAAUCAGAAAUAUAAGCUGUAUUUGUCUCAGUCUAAUCUUUACUUCCAACCUAUAAUCACUUUUAAUGUUGAAAGAUUAUGAUGUGAGCUCCUUGAACAGUUAAACCUUUAACAACUGAAUACAAAGCCUUAAUAUAUGUGUAAAACUUCAAUAUUUAUCUCCUGGCUCUGAAAAAUAUUGCUAGUGAUUUUUAUAUUUACAAACUACAACAGUGGGGUGUAGUAUCAAAAUGUCAACUAAGAUCUGUGAUAACCGUAAAGAAGGCUUUUUAGAACUAAACCUGAUCUAACCAGGUGAGGGAAGAUUAGGACAGGUUAGUCAAGUUAAUACAGGUUGCUCUCUGCCAUCAUUUAAAGGCAGAUUGGUUUCCUGUUACUGUUGGUGAAUCAUUCUUCAUGUAAAGACUCAAGUGAGCUAAACAUAUUUGACAUGUCCUGCGUGGGACGUUCCUGUAGGUUUGAGUAUUGAGGUUUUGCUAUCUGAGGGAUUUUAAUGAAAUGAAAGGUGUGGUAGUAGCAAACUAGGGUGACAUUGAGGGGAUCGACUAUUAACCUUUUACUAAUUGUUCUCACCUGCCAGGAAGAGGACGGAUCUACGUGCCUACAUCAUGCUGCAAAGUGCGGGAAUCUGGAGAUGCUAAGUUUCCUGCUUUCUACAGGCCAAGUCAACGUGAAUGCCCAGGUGAGGUGGUGAUGCAGUAGGAGGACACUUUAAGUUGAAAGGUGUUGGUGCUGUAUUUAUAUUUUUGUCUUUUCAGGAUAAUGGUGGUUGGACACCGAUCAUUUGGGCUGCAGAACACAAGCACAUUGAGGUGAUCCGAAUGCUCUUAACUCGUGGUGCAGAUGUCACUCUACAGGACAACGUUAGUGAACAAAAUGGGGAUGAAAGAUUGCCUCAAUCGCUUCCUUACAGUUUCUCCACAAAUUCACUUACAUUCUUUCACUAUUAUAUUUUUAACUUUCCUAACCUCAAUUUUUAUAUAUUUUUAUCUCCCCUAACCUCAAUUUCCAGUAGCAAUUUUUGUUUCUUUAUUUGUAGGAGAAAAACAUUUGUUUGCACUGGGCUUCCUUCACUGGCAGUGCUGACAUUGCUGAAGUUUUGCUCAACGCUCGUUGUGAGCUCCACGCGGUGAACUUCCAUGGAGACACACCUCUACAUAUUGCCGCACGCGAGGGCUUCAUCCAAUGUGUCAAGUGAGAGCUCACAGUUCCCUCAAUCAUGAAAUAAAGAUUUAGUAAAUAAAUGGCAGAAAAAUCUCUAAAUAGAGGAGGAACUAAUAAAGAGUGAAAGGGGGAGGCGGGGUGGGGACAGCUUAGACCAUAACUUAGAGGAAGCUAAAAUUAAGAAAACCUUCAUAUAUUUCUGAGGAUUUAUUUUAAAUUUUCUCUUUAUUGAUUCCUCCUUUGCAGCCUUUUCCUUUCUCGGGGAGCCAGCACAGAAAUUCGUAAUAACGAGGGGGAUACACCGGGAGAUCUAACCCUGGAGCACACAGAUGUUUGGUACGCCCUGCAACUAAACCGUAAGAUCCGGCAGGGCAUUACCAAUCGAGCUGUUCGCACAGAGAGGAUAAUCAGCAGGUCAGGCCACAAGCAUAAUGAGACUUUGUGGAAUGUUGGGUUUAUCAAGUGAAAAAUUAUUGGGAGACUUUGAGCAACAUAAUCAUUAUCAACAAGGGGAAAGUGGAAUUUUAAGCUGUCAGUGAGCAUGUAUUUGACAGAUCAUUUUCCCUGUACUCACAUUGUUCUUCUCAGGGACAUUGCACAUGGCUACGAACGGGUCCCAAUCCCCUGUGUGAAUGGUGUGGAUGAGGAGCUAACUCCAGAUGACUAUAAAUAUGUUUCAGAGAACUGCGAGACGUCAGCCAUGAGUAUUGAUCGCAAUAUUACUCACCUGCAGGUACAGCACUCACUCCUUAAACCUUUUCUUUACAAUUGCACCUCCAAAUUCCUUACUCACUUCUCUCUUCUCUCAGAACUGCAGUUGUCUUGAUGACUGUUCUUCUAGCAAUUGCCUAUGUGGUCAGCUCAGCAUCCGCUGCUGGUAUGACAAGGUGAGUGCUGGUGAAGUUAAUGUGAUUGUGAGCUGUCACUUUGAACUUGGAAUGAUCCAUCUGGUAUCUCUUCCCUUAGGAUGGGCGUCUGCUCCAGGAGUUUAACAAAAUCGAGCCUCCACUCAUCUUUGAGUGUAACCAGGCCUGUGCUUGUUGGCAGACCUGCAAAAACCGAGUGGUACAGAGCGGCAUUAAGUAAGUCUGAGUGCCGAACUUGCACUCUCUUUACAAUAGUAAAGUCGGACUUCCAGUUGUUGUAGGAGAUGUAUGUAUCUGUUCACAUCAUAAACCCAGUAGGAAUGAGAUGAGGGAUAACAGUGGGACUAAUAUGUAUAGAGAUGGCAAUAGCUAUGUCUAAAUAGUAACUGCAGUAUCUCGGAGUCCCAGAUAGCUCAGGUCAGACUGUAAUCCUUCUCAUGUUUAUAAAAUGAGUACCUUGAAGUUGGAUGUACUUGCAUACUGUGUUUUUCCAAUGCUACUUGUUUUAACUCUCCAUCUUUCCUAGGGUCCGUCUCCAGUUAUACCGCACUGCUAAGAUGGGCUGGGGUGUGAGAGCCCUGCAGGCCAUUCCACAGGGAUCCUUCAUCUGCGAGUAAGUCCGGUUUAAUUUUCCCCCAGUUUGUGACCAGUCCCACUCUGCCUCUUAAAAACACACAUAUAACUUCUGCGCACUAACUCCCACUACUCGUGGACAGCAGACGACUAACUGUAGUAAUAUUCAAUAUGAACAACAUAUUAAAUAUAUAGAACAAACCCCAAUAGUACAUAGGUAACAUGUCCAACCUUCCCCUGCCCGUCUCCUGCCUCCUCACUGCCGGGUUGCUCGGUGUUAUGUGAGUCACAAACCUUCUGCUUCUUGCAGGUAUGUAGGUGAGCUGAUCUCUGAUGCUGAAGCUGAUGUGAGAGAGGAUGAUUCCUAUCUAUUCGAUCUGGAUAACAAGGUGAGACAUUUUUAGUUUCUACCUUUUCUCAAGCAUAUAAAUUAAAGGGACAUGCUAAGGUGGUAGAUUCCCCAACAAAAAAGUUCGAGGAGUUGUGCUGGUUGAGAAAAUGAGAGCUACUCCUUGAAUAUUUUAUACAACCUCAGGCCAUAUACAGCCUAAACCUCCUCUGCUCUGAAGACAUGAUACUUUUCUUUCCAACCAUAACAGGUUUCUGUGUCUCUCUCUUCUUCCCUCAUGUUGUAUCAUCGUUUACUCGUCCAGGGAACUGUCCGCUAAUAUUGUGUACUUUUGAUCUUUUUCCUAUUGUUUGCCUAUUUGUACUUUACUCACAUUUUUAGGUAAAGUCUUUAUGAAAAUAAAUUAGAAUGUUUGUUUAUUUGUUGGGUCCUAAUUUUACAGAGCCAUCUGGUUUAUUACCGUAGAAACACUUGUGUAACUUUUAAACAGCAAUAAAUGUGGUCACCACUAGGUGGAGCAGUGUAUUAAUAAGAUAUAGACCAUGUUUAUUGUUUAUUCAUGUGUGACCUUUUCAUUUAAAAUAGCAUUACUCCUUUUUAUAUUAAGUAAAUUUAAUCCCUUAGAAAUUAUUGCCAUGGGAGCUAUAGUCUUCUUAGUGUUUGCCUGGCGAGAGAUGUCUUUGGUGUUUGAAGAAUGACUUACUUUAUAUUGUAACAAUUGAAAGUAAAAACCUGUCUUUGUAAAUGACACAGGACGAACAUAGUGUUUUAUUUCCAGUGGUAUUGGUUCCUCUGCUCACUGCUACAUUCUAUGAAGCAAUCAGAGACUGCAAACUAUUUCUCGUUAUUUUUAUACGUUUAUUGCUUUUUAACCCUUGCAGGAGAAGGUAUUGGCAGGUUGUUUUAUUGGGUUAUGUUUCUGUCACUGGUCCUGAAGGUGUUAACUUCUGGCUUUGGAAACUUGGCUUAGUCCAUAUUGUCAAAGCUGCCAAGCAAUAGGAAUGCCCGUUUCAUCACUGCCGAUUACUUUUAAGGUCCUUACUUUAACUUAGUGCAUGAGCCUGCGUAGUAUACAGUGAGAAGUCUUCAAAUGCCUUUAGUCAAACCUAUGUGUUCUUAUCGUCAUUCCUCCUUUACACUUUCUGACUUCCCUUCUCCCCCCCACCACUGGCCUGAUGACCUUCCCAGCCUCAGUGCCAGUAUACAGACUCUGCUCAUCACACCAAUAACUCCAUUCCUGGAGGCAUUUCAAUUAUACAUAAUAAAGACUUAGGUUUGUUCUGUUGUCCUGUAGAUGGAAACAACAGCAUUGCAAUCUUUUAAUGCCUUUUUCUAUGCAGUAACCUGUCUGCUUUUCCUACUCCCAGUUCCCCUGUCUUUCCUUUUUGGUCCUGUUUAAGUUUUUUGUUUUUUUCUCUUAGGAUGGAGAGGUGUACUGUAUUGAUGCACGCUAUUACGGGAAUGUGAGUCGUUUCAUUAACCACCUGUGUGAACCCAAUUUAAUCCCUGUUCGAGUCUUCAUGUCCCACCAGGACCUACGUUUCCCUCGUAUUGCAUUCUUCAGUGGAAGGGACAUCCGUUAUGGCGAAGAGCUGGGGUAAGUAGGAUGGAAUAAGGCAAGUUUAACAUGAAAGGAGUGGCAAUGAAUAUGUAUAGAUUCCAAUGACAUGGGUUGGGCCAAGAAAGAUGACCACAUUGCAGAAAAUGAAAGUUAUCGUUAUAUGUAGAAUAUCCUGCCAUCUCUCUUGCCUUUACCACAUCUUUCUUCCUCCUGUAGAUUUGAUUACGGGGACCGUUUCUGGGACAUUAAGAGUAAAUACUUUACGUGUCAAUGUGGAUCAGAGAGAUGUAAGCACUCGGCAGAGGCCAUUGCUCUGGAGCAGAGCCGCCUUGCCCGCCUUGAAGUACCAGACUCCGUUCCAGCACCAGCGCCACCCCCUCAACCUGUGUGACACUUGCUAUGCCCCUUAUGCCUUUAACUUACUGCCAAGGAUGGCCUUGCAGAGUCACACCGUUAUCCCAACAGCUGUAAGAGACCCUGCCAAGCGUCACCCCGUUAGUUGACCCCACCAGUCAUGUCACUUUAGCCCUUUCCCAACUACAGAGACCCUGUUGAACUUAGUCUGUUAACAUCUUCUGUACCUGGCCAUUGUCUUGUAAAGCACCCAGACUCACACGUGAAAAUAAAGUCCUUGAUCUUUUUUUAUUUUAUUUUAUACACAACUGUCUAAAUAUUUUUCUUCCAGUUACUAGUGGUCUAAUAAAUAAAGACAUCUGAUUUGUA